AUCGCUGAUUCGAGGCUUUGUUGCUGACCUUGCGUGCAAUAAGAGGUGAGGUCAAGUUGGUGGUGUGUGAUAACCUCAGAAAACAUGAAUCGUUCGUCCGUUUUCUUUCGAUAUAUUCUUAGACAGUCCUCCCAGAAACGGACUGGGGCACUUUCGAUGAGAUGCAUUUGCUCAAAAGUUGCUAACCACCAAGUUCAAGGCUUUUGAUACAAGCAACAAAGCCUCACAAGCAUUUGACAGCUAUUAGGUUUGGCUAUCAUGUACGAUUUUAUAGUUCAGCAGAUCUGCCCAGUCACUCCAAAGUCACACUGCCAGCCCUCUCUCCUACAAUGGAAACUGGAACCAUUUCCAGCUGGCAGAAAAAGGAGGGAGAUAAGGUGUCAGAAGGUGAUUUGCUGGCGGAGAUUGAGACUGACAAAGCAACUGUGGGCUUCGAAUCUAGUGAGGAGGGCUAUCUCGCCAAAAUUUGUGUCCCUGAGGGUACAAAAGAAGUUCCCCUAGGCAAGGUGGUAUGUAUUAUUGUCAACAAUAAAGAGGAUGUGGCAGCAUUCAAGGACUAUGUGCCUAGCCCAGAAGAUGAUGUCAAAAUUGGGGGAAGUGGUGCACCUGCAGCUGUUAAACAGCCAGAACCAGCUGCUCCUGCACCCCCUGCACCACUCCCACCAACAGCUGUAUCUCCUCCAACAGCUGCACCAACAGUUGCACCACCAGCAGCAUCAGGAGUCCGGGUGUUUGCGACACCUUUCGCCAAAACACUUGCAUCUGAAAAAGGCAUUGAUCUAAAGCAAGUGAGAGGAAGUGGUCCUGAGGGCCAGAUAAGAGCAGCUGAUCUGGCAGGCAUCUCACCUGGUGCACCUGCUGCUACUGUUGCUGCACCUGUUGGCCUGCCAGGGCAACUCUUCAUUGACAUACCUUUAAACAACAUCAGACAGGUGAUUGCAAAACGUCUAACCUUGUCAAAGCAGACUAUUCCUCAUUAUUACUUGACUGUUGAUGUGAAGGUAGAUAAUAUUUUAAGAGUUCGAAAGGACCUGAAUGAAAUCUUGUCGAAGAGUGGUGUGAAACUGUCUGUGAAUGACUUCAUCAUCAAGGCCAGUGCCUUGGCUUGCAAAAAAGUUCCACAAGCCAACUCCUCCUGGCAGGACACUUUUAUCCGACAGUAUAAUAGUGUGGAUGUGAAUGUUGCUGUGGCCACAGACAAUGGCCUCAUCACGCCUAUAGUCUUUGGUGCUGAUGCCAAGGGACUAGCAGAUAUAGCAACAGAUGUAGCUUCACUGGCAGCCAAGGCACGAGAAGGGAAACUGAAACCUCAAGAAUUUCAGGGUGGCACUUUCACCAUCUCAAACCUUGGAAUGUUUGGUAUCAAGCAGUUUGCUGCAGUCAUCAACCCCCCUCAGUCUUGCAUUUUGGCUGUGGGUGGUGCUGACAAACGCUUGGUUGUAUCAGAAGACUCUGAUUCAGGAUUCCGCACUGCUACUGUGAUGACUGUGACACUGAGCUGUGAUCAUCGAGUUGUGGAUGGUGCAGUGGGUGCCCAGUGGCUGGCAGAAUUCCGCAAAUUGUUAGAACAACCAGAAACAAUGUUGCUGUAGGGCUUCUGUAAAAUUGUGCUUGGUUGCCAUAAAGUGAUGAUAUUGACAAUAAUACCAACACAUGAGAUACUGUUUGCUGCCACAUUCUGUCAGCAGAACAUGUGUCUCUCUUCUACAUAAUUUGGGAAUGCUUGGUGAAUACCACAUGUAAAUGACUUCUUGUUUUUGGGAUGCCUGAAUAGUAUUUUUGACUUCUUUUCAGUAGCUGGUAGCUUAAAAUGAAUUUGAAACAUUGUAUUUCUAAUGAUGUAGCUUCUUUGGUUAUGGGGAAAAGAUCAUGGAUGUCAAAGUGACAUAUAAUUACAGGGUACUUAUGUGAGCCACUACAAAAACAAAUCCAUUUGACCCUAUUUGGCAUUUAAAUUGAGGUUUUUAGUUUAUUUUCAAUAGAAAAGUACUGUUGGGGAAUUAAAGGCCGAAGUCGUCCCUCCUGAGUGAAGUGAGUGGUAUCGCCCGUGCGAGGGAAGGUAGGAGUACACGUGGUGCGGAAUACUAGCGUCCAGUCGUCUUCAAUUACACCACCGGGUACUCCUACCUUCCUUCGCACGGGCGAAACCAUUUCAAAACACGCCCACUUCGACUUCGGCCUUUAAGUAGCAAGGGAUACAAGCUGACAUACAUUUGUUUGAUGGCUAGCUGAUGUUGCAUUUAAAAAAAUAUAUCACAGUAAUCAAAAGAACUAGAUUUAGUUUUGUUGUUGUAAGCAGUCACUGAUGUUAUUGCCAUAAAUUAUGGGUUUUAAGAUUUAUUAAGUAGUUCAGUAGAUAAUUUUUCUGAAGUAUCAUUCACAUCCCUUGUCUGGUACCAGUUGAUGACCAGUUUUGCUGGUCCUCCAGGACUUGUCAUUGAGGGAGAACAACAGGAUAAAUGCGGUGGGAUUGCCACAUAACUGAUAUAAAUACUGAAGUCCCAACCCAAUGUUCCUUCAAGCAGCAAAGCUGUUGAAAACAAAUUUGAUAGCUGUGAUCAUGCCCAGAGAGGGGAAAACUAUCAAUAAAAUUGAUGAAUAGAUCUAUGAAGAACAACUGUUGACAGAAUGUGUAUGUUUUCCUCCUCCUUUCUGUUCAAAAUGCUUUGUCAGAAUCUGGAGUGUAUUUCAAGGAAUAACUUGAGUAAACUUUUACAUUCUCCAACAUUGCAAGUGGCUAUUUCCCAAGAAAUCCAGGUAUAAGAUAAGUAAUAAAGGAUGGUGUUUGAGUGCUGAAGGAUCAUUUUGUGAGUAUGGAAAAAAGCAUUGAGUAGGCUAGCUAAAUGCUAGCAGGAAGUGGGAACCUAAUGCACGGCCUUUGUUAUGAUUCCAAGAACAGAUGUGACCCAUAACGAUUGGAGACGACUGUUGGCAGAAUUGGAUUUCUGUGUAAUGCAAAUCAUUCACAGUAACUUGUGCAUGUCUGCUUCUUUGAACUAAGAUUGAUGGCGCAGAACAGGCUUCAAUGGGAGGCUUGGCGGAACAAAGGGUUGACCUUAUCAGUGGUUGUGAUCUGGAUUUUCGAAUGCAGAUUAAAUCUGGGGGUCUACAUGUACAGUGCAAGUUUGAACACUGUACAACCUAUCCGCUGUACACCUUGUGUACUCCAAACAAAUGUGUUGAUACUACUAAGCAUAACACAGUUUUACUUUGUUAAAAUUUUUGUAUAUAACCAUCUGAUAUUUUGAGGAGAAUGUGUGGCUGCAUGUGUUCCUAACGAGAACUUUUGUGACCUCUUUAAAGGCUAUGGGUUUUACUUGAGAAUAAAUAGCAUGUUGUAUUUUGAGUUCCUGAGGUUCUUUGCACAAUUUCCACUACAGGGGAGUGGGGAAAGGUCUUUCAUGGACAGUUGUUUGUUCUUCGUGAAAUUUUGUUUAUGCUUAGUAUACAAAAACUGGUUUUAAUAUUCCAGAUGCAUGAUAAGUUUGCUUGCAGAAACUUUGUUACAAGAGGCCGAUUAGUACUGAUGCAUGAGAGCAUUUUGUUCUUAAGGCUUUCACACUUCACAGUGAACAUUGAACUCCUAAUACAGAUUGUAUAAUGA